UGAUCCCUUGGCCUGGCUUUUUGUUUUCUUUUCCUUUUUGUAAACCGGAUUUAUUAGGAUUUUCUUCCUCCGGGUGGGCAAGGAGAGGGAGGGAGAGAUGUUAGCGAGAAAGUUGGCAUCUUUUGCCCCCGUCCUCACCAAAAGCCCUUCUUCCUCCGCACCUUCGACGCUUCUGAGGCAUCUCCAAUAUCCGCUUUUCUUCUCUUCUAGUUCCUCGGAGCAGGCCACAAGCAGCAGCAGCAAGAAGAGAUCUUGGGGCCGAAGGGUGUUUCCAAUCGCGUUGAUCAGCGUUACCGGAGGUUUAGCUCUCAGUGCUCUCAAUGACCUCGCCAUCUUUCAUGGCUGCACCAGUAAGGCAAUUGAAAAGGCUAGCCAGAAUCAGAAAAUUGUAGAGACUCUUGGUGUGCCACUUGUAAGAGGUCCAUGGUAUGAUGCAUCUCUUGCAGUUGGUCAUAAGAGACAUUCAGUAUCUUGCACAUUCCCUGUUUCUGGGCCACAAGGAUCUGGCAUUUUCCAGUUGAAGGCCAUCCGUGUUGGAGACCUUCCACUUAGAGCACAUGCGAAAGAUGUUCGAUCUCUUUUAACCUUUGUUGUUCAUUGGUUCCAUGACCCAAACUAGCUCGGCAUGGAAGUCAGCUUCAUCUAGAAGUUAAUGCCUUGCAAGAGGAUACUACAUUUUCAUUUCUCCGGCACCAUGACUGGGACAUACUAAUUAUGGAGGCUCUUCUUCAUGUUCCUUCCAAUGACGAGAAGCACCGGACAUUACGAAUAAGCCUCACCGACGAUUUCCCUCUCAGUUCCCCUGUGGAAUGCCAGGAUUGCAGAUCUCCAGAAUCAGAGAUUCCAGAGAAGUGAACCUGGCUUCUGAGUGUAAACGGGCCCUUUGCCUAAUAAUAGAAAUCCUCAGACUAUGCUUUUUAUAUGACAUGUAUGAAUAAAACGGAAUUAGAUGUUGUGAGGAUUUUAAGGCCCACUGUGGAUGCCCUUCUUUUGUUAAAAAAAAAAAACAAAGGUUACAGUGAAUUAUAUUUCAGGUCUCCUGCUUGUCACUAAUUUCAUUAUGAAGCCAAACAUGAUUUGGAGGUAAAUUUAUCUAUUGGAGUUC